AUGGCAUCUCAAAGGGGACGGCCAUGGUCACGGGUCCUCUCCCUGACCGUCCUCGUCCUUGCCCUCGCCGCUACGGCGCAUGGCUCCGCUGGCGAUCGUCUUCCUGGAUUCAAAGAUUGUCUCAAGGUCUGUAAAACAGAAAAUUGCGGCUCUGGAAAAGAUUACACCGCGAUCCCCUUCCACCAUCGCCUCCUCCUCUGGGACUGCGCCAGCGAAUGCAACUACGCCUGCCAGCACAUCAUCACUGGUCGACGCAUCGAAUACGGGGCCGAAGUUGUGCAGUUCUACGGGAAAUGGCCCUUCUAUCGGUUUCUGGGCAUGCAGGAGCCCUUCAGCGUCCUCUUCUCCUUGGGUAACCUCUGGGCGCAUUGGGAGGGCUUGAAGAAGGUUCGCACCAAGAUCCCUGCGUCAUAUUCGCUGCGCCCGUUCUACAUCUGGCUCGGCUACGUUGGCCUUGUGUCGUGGAUCGCCAGCUCCAUCUUCCACACCCGCGACUUUCGCAUCACCGAGGAGUUCGACUACUUUGCCGCCGGCGCCAACGUGCUGUACGGCCUAUACUACACGCCCAUCAGGGUAUUCCGUCUAGACAGAAGCACUCCGCGCCGGCAGUCUGUCCUUCGGGCCUGGACUCUACUGUGCAUCUUCUUGUACUUUUGCCACGUCUCAUACCUCAAGUUUGUCAGGUGGAACUAUACCUAUAACAUGACUGCCAAUGUUGUGGUGGGAGCUAUCCAGCACUCCCUUUGGACAUGGUUCAGUUUCGAUAGAUACAGGAAGUCGAAGCGUGUGUGGGCAGCUUGGCCUGGUCUUGUGGUUGCUUGGAUUAUCUUAGCCAUGAGCAUGGAGUUGCUUGAUUUCCCCCCUUGGCUAGGUUGCAUAGAUGCCCACAGCCUAUGGCAUCUCAUGACAAUUGGCCCCACCAUUGUGUGGUACAACUUUUUGGUCAAGGACGCCAGGGAGGAUAUUGCUGGGAGUCAAAGACUAAAGUCGUAG